UGUAAACUGUGGCUGAUUUUUCUUUCCUUUAGCCAAACACAUCCUUGUCAUUAAAAGACCUUUGAAACUGAGUAAAAUGUCUUUGAAAUGCCAGUGGAAUAUGAUCAAACUGUCUGAGGAAGGAUUACGGGACAACCAGUACAGUACGAAUGAUCAAAUUGCCCUUAAAAAUCUCCAGUCUGGUGUUCCAGAGAAGAAAUCUGACUUCACUGAGGAGACUCUGGCAUCACAGAACACAAAAAUGAUUUCAUCCAUAGUCAUUUCACAGCUGAUUGAUGAGAAUAAAUCAAAAGAAAAUGGGGCUGCGUUGCCCGCGCCGUGUGCAGUCGCUCAGCCUCCAGCGUGUCCCAUGAAGCAACCUUUGGCUAAUCGCAGUGGAGUCACCAUCAGCAGGGCGUUCACCUUCCUUCCUGGCAGAUUAGGAAUUCAGACACCAGCAGAGGAGCGAGGAUCUGAGUCAGAGCGGCCACCCAAAGAGGAGAAGCUGUGCGGUGGCCCCCAAAAGGGAUUUGCGUCCAUCACCAUCACGGCCAGGCGCGUGGGCCCCCCAGCCAGCACCCUGGUGUGGGAGGCUGUAGGGGACCCCAUGUGCAACAAGUGCAGAGCCCAGGAUGCUCUGCUCAGGGACCCCUCUGCUCUGGCCAGUGGUGUCGCUCCACUGCAGCAUCAUGGACCUUUCGCUUGCACGGAAUUCUCCAGAAACAGCUCUGUGAUGAGGUUGAAGCUUCCUGAGGCCCACACACAGCUGUGUGAGGGACACGAGUACUGGAUCACCAACGGGGACAACAGAGAGAACAGUUUUUCUCCAGAUACCCCACAGUCGGGAAAGAGCCCACUGGUGUUCAGCUCCUGUGUCCAUCUCAGGGUGUCUCAGCAGUGUCCGAAUUCCAUCUACUAUCUAGACAGGCCCCUCUCUGUCCCCAUUGAGCAACCUCAUCUUACCAGUCCUAAAAUGCACAGGUCGGUCCUGUCGCUCAACCUAAAUUGCAGUUCACACAGAUUGACACCAGAUGGAGUAGAUGGCACAGCUAACGGAGAGCCAAUAAGCAGCGCCCUCAAGCAGGAGCUCACAGAGGGAAACAAGAACCUCCUAGGCCCGCGCUGGAACCCAGGUUUGCAAGAAAGUUUCUUGAAGGAAAAUGUAUCGUUGGAACAGGUGCAUUUGGGGACUGGCACAUGUCCUUGGAGUGGCUCCCCUCCGUUGGAAAAUACAGAAUUUACAGAUGUGGGAACUAACCUGGUCACUGUAAGAAAAGGGAAAGAGGACCAUGCAACUCGUUGUCACACCAGCAGUCACACCAACCAGCUGUCCAUUCACAUUCCUGGCUGGAGUUACAGGACAGUAGAAACAAAAGUAUUUUCUGGAAGCAACAAGAAGCAACAAGAAACGCGUGUGACUUUGUCUGCUCCCCCAGUGGAACAGAAGCUGGUUAAAGAUUUCCUGCCUCCUGGCUGUAGCCCUCCAAGCAACAGCUGUCAGUCUAGCGACCUUUCUGAGCCCGCAGAGAGUCAACAGCAAAGCUUCCCGAAACCCGGAAUCCGUGUCCCUGGGUUUCUUUGCCCCUUGCAAGAUUUAUGCACAUCUCCACAGGAAGACCAUGGUGUUCAGGUAGAAAGAGAGUUCCCCAAAGGAGACUACACCUGCUGCGACUUGGUUGUAAAGUUAAAGGAAUGCAAGAGGAGUGAGGGCCCCAGCACCCCCGAGCCCGUGCCCACACCGCCUGAGCCAGCAGCCCCACAGGAACCAGAGACCCCCGACCUGCCGGAAGACUGUUCCAAGGGCCGGCAAAUGCCUGCAGGCUCCUUGACCCUGCAGGAAGCGCUGGAAGUCCGUAAACCUCAGUUCAUUUCUCGCUCACAAGAACGACUGAAGAAGCUCGAACACAUGGUGCAGCAGAGGAAAGCCCAGCGGAAGGAGAACGUCGGGCAGAAGCAGUCUCUUCUCCCUGUCCGCGCCAGCAAGAAGCAGUUCACCGUUCCUCAUCCUCUUAGCGAUAACUUGUUCAAACCCAAAGAAAGGUACAUUUCAGAGAAGGAGAUGCACAUGCGAUCUAAAAGAAUCUAUAAUAACUUGCCAGAAGUUAAAAAGAAAAAAGAAGAGCAAAAGAAAAGAGUGAUCUUACAGAGCAACAGACUCCGUGCCGAAGUCUUCAAAAAGCAAUUACUGGACCAGCUCCUUCAAAGGAACGCAGUCUAACCCAGGCUGCCCCGAUGACCCACUGCCUGGACCCGGGAUGACUUCAAAUGCUGGAUAAACCAUUAAACUUAGCGUUCUCUUCACGACAUGAAACAUUUAUUUUACUUUUUUUUUUCAUAAAGGAAAACGUAGCUUCCUGAAUUGCUGACCCAAACCAAGCAGAAACAACAACCCUCGAGGAAAUGGGUCAGCAGACUGUUGUGGGGUGAUCGACUCAACGUGACCCACUAAAUGCAGUCUCUUCAUUUUUUUACUUCAGAUUUUAUCUUUUGCUUCAGAUUUUCCCCCCCGUACCAUUUCCACCCAGGCAGAAGGGCCUCAUACACUCUCUUGGGCUUAGAUCCCUGGGGGUUAGUUUUUUUCAUCAAAUUUCUGGGACCCAGAUCCAUCACUUUUUAAAAACCAACCGCAACUUCUGCCAGUCCUGCAAACUCCAAACUUUGGGUCUCUCACAUGGUAUGUCUGAGAGCGCUCUGGAUGUGUGCGCCACAUAAUUCCAGAAGCUGGCUUCGACAGUAAGUGGGUGCUCUGCCAGAGACUGGGGAGGUCUGUUUCUUUGUGACCUGGGGUGGUCAGACAGCCCUCGCCACCCCCACGCACACGCCAGAGCCUUUCUUCCUUUAAGAGUCUAUUUCCACAGAAGCUAUGAGGGCAGAAUUGGCUGAAAAAAAUCAUAGGUAACUCCAGUGUUUUUUCUGCAACCACCCCCCCCGCCACCCUCCAAAAAGCUAUGUUGCUAAAAAUGACCUGAUGGCUCCAACUCUGCCAUUCGUUCUUCCAAACAUUUACAAUGUCCAUUAUUUAUAAAUGUGUAUUUGGGGAGUUAAGAACAAGCUAGCUUUUACCAAAAAUGGAAAUAAAUGCAAUUAUUUCAAGAAUUAAAGCAUUUCUCUGCUACAUAUUCUGUGCUGGGAACUGAGCAGCACUGUAGGUGACGCUCAGUCAGACAUGCUGCCAGGGCCCAGCGGGGCCUCUGAGCUGCUCCUCCGCCACCCUCUCACCACCCCGGAGCCCGGGUCAGCAGCCUUGUUCUUCCCAAUGCCCUGGAAGAGAAGGUGUUCUCAGAGAGCUGGCACGAGAGAAGCAGGGGAACUGUUGAGAGCAAGGUUUAGGACCCCGACCACCCAAAACUCACUAGGAACCUCCCAGGAACAAGGAGGAAGUUUGGGGGAUUAAGCAGGAACCCUGGGGACACCUCUGACCCCAUCCUGAGGUAGCCACCCUCCUUCCCUUUUCCCACUGCUGCCUACACCAUCCCUCUUUCUAGAAUGCCUUUCCUCUACGUGUCUGCUGGAAAACUCUUUAAAAAAACUCAGCCUCUGGGCUCUUGUCUGAUGCCUUCCCUGCCCUGCACUCCAGUGCAAAUUGGCACUUCAGCAUUUGCACAUUUCGUGGGGACCUGUGCCAUCUUGCCCACAUGAGACGAUCGAACAACACUAUCAAGGGCAGAGACUGGGAUUCACAUCCGGGCUGUACUGCUCCCUGGUCUCUGCCCUUAGGCAAGGGUAUCUGGCCGGAUCGCAUUGGAGAGAAAAACCACACAGUGAGCUGAGCAGGGCAGCUUAAAGUAUAUAAUUAUUAACCAUAACAGAGGAUAGCAGUACUGAGGGAUUGGCUAGUGAUGGGCACAGAGAAUUCAAAAGAAGACAGUAGGAAUAGCGGAUUAAAAAAAACAGUGUUAGCCCAGAAAGAGUAUCUUUUCUACCCCUGGGCUGUGACAUAGAUAUUGUUGGCAAGGGGAUGGUUGUGGCUGGCAGGUGACAGAGAAGUUUCUGUGGUGCCAUGCCGAUGCAACCUGUUCAAAAUGUGCCCUCUAGAACUUGCCAGAGAUCCACUCUCUAGGAUGCAUGGGGAGCUGUCUCGUCGGAGGCACUCUGCUACAGUACCACCCAAGGGAGGGUCUGGGGUGGGGGGGAAAGCAGCCGGCCACCACGUGUCACCAGCUUCAUGUUGCAGUAAACCACUGAGCGAGUUGCUCCAGGUCCAGGAAGCGACACCCUGUUUCUCCGGCAGUGUCUCUCCAGCAACUUCUACUGACAAAGCUUCCCACUGUGCCCGUGGGCAGAGGGGAAACAUUUAAAGGGCCCGGAUCCAUUUUAACAGAGCAGGCAAAAAGGGUGAAUUUGGAGAUAGGAAAUAAUAAAACCCAAAACUGGCACAGCAGGUUAUUCAUCUUUGCCUCAGUUUCCUCAUCUACACAAUGGAGAUCAUGAUAGUGCCUCCUCCAGAGGGUUGUUAUGGAAAUAGAAUAAGUCGGUGUGAGUUGGGUGCUUAGAAGAGUGUCUGGCUCAAGCAAAUACAACACGAAUGUUUCAUGUCGUACGUCUGCAGAUGUGGAGGCUGGAGUGUCCUGAGCAGCCCUUGAGCACAGUGGCUGUGAAUUGUUCAUUCUCAUAAUCCCUCAGUUUGGCUCUGAGAAAAUGCCCCCAAAAGACUGUUGAAGUUGUGGGUGUUGCUGCAGCAAAAAUCAGUCAUGCAAACGAGAUGCUUCACCAACUUAUUUUGUUUCCUCUCAAGCUCUUCUUUCUCUUAGAAACAAUUUCAACAGCACAGUUAAGCUUACCCUUAAGGUUAAUUCCAGCUUUCUUAAACUUUUUAGUCCUCUUCUGGGAUGCUACACCGAAUUUCUAUUUAUAUUUUUUAAUGUGUUUUUUUAAAAAAAAACAUUUUUAAUCAAAUCUAUGAUAUUAAUUCUGGACAAUCUUCCUUCCAUACCUUUUUCUUGUUUUUCUUUAAUAUCUUCAGAGAGUUUCCAAAUCUUUUCCUAACCAAUAAUUUAAGUUCAGGGCCCAGCCACUUCUAGACUGUUCUGUGACACUUUCCAAGAAGGAGAUUUAUGUCAGCUAACAUGUGAAUAUCUCAGAAUGCCUGGAUGGAGCCAACUUUCAGAAGUGCCCAUGAAGAGUGUAGCCCUUUGCAAAUCUUGAUGCCAGGUCUUAAAAUCUAAAGAAUAAGUAAAAGUCAACUUGAGAUGAUUAAAUAUCACUGAAUAAUGUAUUUCUGUGCACAGUUCUCACCUAAAAACUGGGGGCGGAGUCCUGGGUAGGAAUAUGUGAGAUCUAGCUUGAGCUCGUCUUCCCUCUGGACACCAGCUAACGACAAGGCUGCAAAUGAAAGUUUCGGUUUCUGCUUCCCUAUUGUAGUUGUUGUUUGUUUUUUUCAUGUUGAUGACUGAAUUUCAGGUACACAGCAUUUCUUUUCUGUUAUGAUAAGGUUGUAACAGGAAUGUAAUAAUGUUAUAACAAAUAUGGAAAUAAAGGCUUGAAUCAUAACAGCCAUCCCUUAUAUUUCUCUCAGGAAUUGGUCACCUGUCUGUUGGAUCCUCUUAUUAAAAUCAGACUUCAGGAAAGACUGAGAAUUUUGAAAUUCUAAGUAGAAUUUACCGCGGUAACUUCGAUAAUUCAAUUCCGUUCUGGAGCUGACUUUUUUACAGCUGAGUGUGUCUGGGUUCGGGCGUGGAACAGUUCUUCAGCAAGGCGGCAGGUAGCAGAAGUUAGAGAUUUAUAGCUGGUAUUUGUGGGCUUGGACCGAGCAACGUUCGGAAUAAUUUAAGAUGGACAGGCGGUAACGGCACCAUGACUUCAUGUCGAAGGAGACAUUCCUCCUUUGGUUAUUUGUCCCCUCUGCCAGCUGGUAAUGGAAUAAUGGAAAAACAAUUGCAUUGGUUUUUUUAGCCAGCGUCUAUUGCCAACCAAACUUCCUGGAAGCUGUGUGCUCCCUGAGUGAGUCAGCAAAUGCUUGCUCAGAUGAUACGAGGCUCUUUGAAAGAACUAUUUGUGAAACAACCAAUUGUCGAAGAGCGGUUGAAAAUCUUAUUCCUUAAGAAGUUCUCCCAUUUCAACACUUGUUGGUGUAAAACUCGCAGGCCCAUGGAGCUGUUCUCCGACUGUAUCAAAUGACCAACAGUCUGAGAAUGAGGCGGAUCAGAUGCAGAACAACGAGAGAGGGGAAGUGCUUGAUGUCACUGCUCCAGAGCAGGAUGUCUGACGGUGGGGACGUGAGAGUACUGGGCUAAGAAGUAAGAAUGCAAUAGAGAAAAGAUUCACUGUGGCUUUGUGUGCAUGUGCUGGCGUGUGCAUUAAAAGCAAAGGAAAUGAUCUGUGAAGUGAUUAAAAUGAGUCUGUCAGCAGAUGGUUCUACCUUACCGAGUUCAUCGUAUCUGUACUUGCAUCAAUACUUGAUAAUUACCCACGAAUGUCUAGCUAAAUGGAAACCUUUUGGAAUUGGCUGUCAUUGAGCUGAACCAGCCCACACCAAGGACUGAGACCUUUUGGAAAUCACCCCAGCCUUCUCUUGUCUGUCCCACGCUGACAGGACAUCUCCCCACCUAUCGGGAGAGUAG